AUGCCUCACUCUUUCGGUCUGCGUCGCGGCACGCGGUAUGCCUUCAGCCGCAACUUCAAGGAGCACGGUCAAAUCCGCCUGUCGACCUACCUCAAGACCUACCGGGUUGGUGACAUUGUCGACCUGAAGGUGAACGGUGCCGUCCAGAAGGGUAUGCCCCACAAGGUCUACCACGGCAAGACCGGUGUCGUCUACAACGUGACCAAGUCGUCGGUCGGUGUCCUCCUGUACAAGCGCGUCGACAACCGCUACCUCGAGAAGCGCAUCAGCGUCCGCAUCGAGCACGUCCAGCACUCGCGCUCCCGUGAGGAGUUCAUCAACCGGGUCAAGGAGAACGCUAUCAAGAAGCGCGAGGCCAAGACCAAGGGCGUCCACGUCCACCUGAAGCGCCAGCCCGUCAUGCCCCGUGAGGCUCAUCUCGUCAGCCAGGCCAACAACGCCCCCGAGACCGUCACCCCCAUCCCCUACGACACCCACAUCUAA